AUGGAUUCGACUGAGAUCUACGAUUAUAUUAUCUGCGGGGGAGGCACUGCCGGUUGCGUCGUCGCCGGUCGGCUGGCGGAAAACUCAAGCGUCCGCAUUCUCGUCAUCGAGGCAGGGCAGCAUAGCAAGGAUUUGGAAAAUGUGCAUAUGGCUGGCGGAUGGUCGAAUAACUUCGACUCGGAAACCGACUGGAAUAUCGUUACGCCGUCGAUGAAAGGAGUCGACGAUCGCCAGGUCAAGCUCAGUCGCGGGCGGUUUCUAGGCGGCUCCUCCGGCUGCAAUGGCACGCUGUGUGUGCGAGGAAGUCCGCAGGAUUAUGACGAUUGGGGUCUGGAGGGAUGGAGCGGAGAGGAGGUAUUUGCGGCGAUGAAAAAGGCAGAAACCUUCCAUCCCAAAGACUGGCACCAAGCAGAUCUUGAAAGCCACGGCACGUCGGGCCCCUUGCAUACCGAGCCACAUGAUCUGGCUCCUAUCGGCAACCUGCUUCUGGAUUCCUUCGUCUCGCAGGGCCUCCCGCUUCGUCAUGACAUGUUCAGCACCGGGGAUGUUCCCCAUGGAUGUGGCCAUGUACCGCGGACGGUGCAUAAGGGAAUCCGAUCGACCUCUGCCGACUACAUAACGAACGAGUACCAGCGUGCAAAUGUCACCAUCCUCACAGAUACGACCGUGGAUCGCGUGAUACUGCAAGAGGGUGUCGAUGGGCUUCGGGCAACGGGUGCAGUCGGCGUCUUCCCCGAUGGCUCAUCGCGGACCUUCCAUGCUCGGAGGGAGGUUAUUAUCUCGGGAGGUGCCUACUGCAGUCCGGCCGUUCUCAUGCGGUCCGGCAUCGGCGCACGUCAAGAACUGAAGGAUGUUGGGAUCCCUUGCAAUGUUGACUUACCGGGCGUCGGGAAGAAUUUGAUGGAUCAUCUGAUCGUGUUCAUGUUCUACGAGACCGAAAAGCCCGGCCUAACAACCGACUAUCACGUCUACCACGACGAGAACUUCAGCAAGACCUACACCCAGUGGAAGGAAAACAAGUCCGGGUUCCUGUCGACCUUCCCCUUCGGCUCCUUCGCCUUUGCCCGUCUCGACGACCGUCUUCAAGACGAGCCGUUGUGGAAAAACGCCCCGCGAGAACCAGGACGAGACCCGAUGGGACUGACCCCCAAACAGCCCAACGUCGAGUUCUUCAGCACGGAAUGCUACGGCGGGCCGAAGCAAUACGACCAGUUUCCGAUCAACCAUCAGCACGCCUUCUCGAUGAUCGCGGAAUUGUUUGCCCCCAAGUCUCGCGGGACGGUGACGCUGAAGUCGAAGGAUCCGAUGGAGAACCCGAUCGUCGACUGUAAUUAUCUGGCUGACCCGAUGGAUCUGCUGGUCCUGUCGGAGGCAUGUCGAUUCGGCAACGAGAUUGUGAUACAGGGUGCCGGCACGAAGGAUAUUGUGAAGGGAUCAUGGCCUCCGAACCUCUCACAUCAUACGUACAAGACUCGUGAGGAAUGGGUGCCGUAUGUCAGGCAGCAUGCCACGACGUGCUAUCAUGCGUCCGGGACAUGUGCAAUGGGAGCCGACGGCAAUCCGAUGGCUGUCCUAGACAACAAACUCCGCGUGAAAGGGGUAGCUGGCCUGCGGGUAGCCGACACGAGCGUGAUGCCAGUGCUUUGCGGCGGACACACGCAGAUGGUGGCGUACGGGAUUGGCGAGCGCUGUGCGGAUUUCAUCAAAGAGACAUGGAAAGAGGGAAGGAAAGACAAGAGAAGGAGACAGGGGGGUGGACAGGGGGGGUUGCUUACCCGGGCACUUCUUUAG